AUGAUUGUCGUAAUGAAACAAUUUGCCAAAGGUAUUGCACCAUAUUCUCUAGAUGAUUACACACAAAUGCCAGCAUGCACUAUCUACUUUUAUGCUAAGAAGUUUAUGGAUGCAAUUAUUUGGAUCUAUAAUGGUCGAUACAUGCGUCAGCCUACCGUUCAAGAUACUGAGAGGAUUUUGGCAGAGAAUGAAGCUCAUGGGUUUCCUGGGAUGCUUGGUAGUGUGGAUUGUUUUCAUUGGGCAUGGAUAACAUGUCCUAUGGAUCAGGUAGGAUCCCACGUGGACUAUAAGUCAAUUCCCACGGUUGUUCAGCAGGCAGUAACUUCAUAUGAUAGAUGGAUAUGGAAUUCCUAUUUUGGGUUGGGUGGGCAGAAUAAUGAUUGUAAUGUCUUGCAUGCUUCGGGUUUGUUCGGUAGAUAA